UGAAGUCCGUUUGCACCAAGCGGUAAAUAAACUAGACAGAACGUUUCCAUGUCUUCCAGGGUAGGUGGUGCGAAUUAACAGACUCGACACGUGAGACAAGAAUCUCGACGUAUGCAAAUCGAUUGAAGAAAUAUUUAUUAACAACAGGUGUUUACAAAAAUAUCCAUAUAGGAGAAGGGAGUAGAAUCUACUGAAAUAUUCACCGACAUCCACUUAACUAGAUGUCAAAACAAUGACCGGAAGCGAAGUGAAGAAACGGUGUUUAGAAAUGGCGACAUCGCUGCUAGUUUUGGUGGUGUUCUUCACAUGCAUGGACAUUGUGAAUGGAGUACCUGUCAACGUCGCUCUCAACAGACCAAUCGAUGCCUUGUACACUUGUGGUCAGUUUGGACCUGAGUCUUACUAUAAUCAUAAGGAUGUUGACAAGUCCGACAGAGAUCGAACGGUGAAGUCGUGCAGUAACGUCACCGUCCACCCACCGAGCGCCAUGGUGGACGGGAAAAUGGACACCAAGUGGCAGAGCUCUAAUUUGGACUCAAUCGUUUUCUCAGGGAAUCUCUCACUCCCAGCAUUCCCCAAGUCGACUACAGAUUUAAAUGGAGUCAUCUAUAUCGACCUCAAACAGUCGUUCACAGUGCAGCUGCUGACGUUGAAGUUGGGAGAUGCAAAACGGCCAAACUUCAUAGCGAUCCACAAGUCGGACAACCUGACGAUGGGGUAUGCACAGUGGGCUUACAAGGUCAACUUUGCCGAGGAGUGCCAGUCCAAGUUCAGCACCCCCCCCCCCAUUGACCUCCCCAAUGUCCCCGGAGCCACUGUGUGUGCCAGAUACUCACAGAACCCAGCCACCACCUUUGAAAUUAUUCAGUUUAAUUUCACAGCUGUUCCCAGUGAACUCAGGGAAUGGACAAGAGCUCGCUACAUCAGGAUUGAGUUCUAUGAAAUGGAAAUUACUCUCAGCCGAGAAGCUCAUCUCUUUCAUCACUUUGCGAUUUCCGAGCUGGAGGUGAUGGCAGAGUGUGUGUGUAACGGCCAUGCUACUGACUGUGUACUCAGUCCUCAGACCCAGAUCUACGAGUGCGUGUGUGGCGGCAACACCGUAGGCCAGUUCUGUGAGCGCUGUCUCCCCUUCUACAACCAGAAAGCCUGGCAGUACGCUGUCGCCUGUGAAGAAUGCAACUGUUUCAACCACUCCUUGGAGUGCACAUACUCCAGCGAGGUGGAAGCUAAGAACCAGAGUCUGAACACCACAGGACAGAAGAACGGGGGAGGCCAGUGCAUCAACUGCCAGCAAAACACAGCCGGUGUUAACUGUGAGAGAUGUAUGCCCUUUUACUACCGGCCAGCGGGCAGAGCACAGACUGACCCACAAGCCUGUGUCCUGUGUGGCUGUAAUCCUGCCGGCUCCACCAUCAAUAUCUGGUCGGGACUCUCAGGGGACUGUGUCAUGAAUGAUAAUCCCCCCCUCCCGGCAAACAAGAACCCUGGAGACUGCUACUGCAAGGCCAAUGUCCAAGGUAUAAAAUGUGACCAGUGUAAGCAGAACUUCUACAACCUGGACGAGGCAAACCCUGAUGGUUGUACAGCUUGUGGAUGUAACCUCAAUGGUACAGUUGGAGCCAACGAGACCUGUGUGCCUGAUGCUACUGGCCAGUGUACUUGUAAGCCGAACGUAGAGGGACGGAGAUGUGACGUAUGCAAAGAUGGCUUCUAUGGUCUGGCAGGCAAUGAUAGUAACGGCUGUACCCCAUGUGGGUGUGAUGUUGGCGGGGCCUCCUCAACAACGUGUAACAAGGUCACUGGACAGUGCUUCUGUCGACCAAAUGUCCAGGGCAGGAAGUGUGACAGUGUUGCUCCAGGAUUCUUCACCCCAGACGUUCACUUCAUCCAUACAGACUUCGAGGACAGCCUCGGGACUGUGACUCACAGAGACAUUCCUGGAUUUAUGGGAAAUGGAUACGCAACACAGAAUUUUGGGUCCAGUAUCAAGACAAGCAUAGUGUUUCCUGGGGGCACGACCUUUAGUGGGACGUGUAAUAUUCUAAUCCGUUAUUCAGCCCCUGCCAACACAACAGCCAGUAUGCAAGUCUUCUCAGAUGACCCUCGGCCGAUGACCAUAUACUUCUUGGCAUGUCCUGACCGCUGGUGCUAUGUGGAUACCAUAAACUACAGGACUCCCACUCUCCAGCCAAGUACUCAGCUGUGUACAUUCAUAGUCCUUGGCACAUUGUACUUGGAUCGACUGAUGUGUGUCCCCAUUGAGCUCACCAACACGGCACCACUGCUCAAGAGCCCCGACUUUGACCAAAAAUGUGACGUGGUCACAAACGACAUGAAGAAUGGAACUGCCGAUGAGAGCAUCUGUAAGGCUGGCUUGUUCUCAGUGAUGAGCUACUACAUGAACGGCCCACGAAGUUGUGACUGCAACCAACUGGGCAGGUCAGCUGCAACAUGUGAUCCAUUUGGCGGUCAGUGCCAGUGUAAAGACGGAGUGACGGGAAGGGCGUGUGACAAGUGCCGCGCUGGCUUCUACCAACUCACUGACUCUGGCUGUUCAAGCUGCAACUGUGCGUCCAGCAAUGCUGUGUGUGAUGCGGUGACGGGUCAGUGUAACUGUCCCCCCAACACUAUCGGACUGCGGUGUGACCUGUGUAACUUCAACACAUGGGGCUGGGAUGCAACGACUGGAUGCAAGGAAUGUAACUGCAACAGCACUGGUUCCCUACGGACAUGGUGUAACGGAACAACAGGGGUGUGUUCCUGCAAGAUAGGAGUACAGGGCGUCAAGUGUGACCAGUGUGCAGACACAUUCACUGGCUUCAGCACCCUUGGAUGCAGUCCCUGCAACUGCGACAGCGUUGGCUCCACCUCCACUGUUUGUGAGAAAGCAACGGGUCAAUGUACCUGUAAGGCCAAUGCUGAGGGGUUGCUAUGCAACCAGUGUAAAGCAGGAUCCUUCUAUCUCCAUGGCAACAACACUAAAGGCUGUCUCGACUGUAUAUGCACAGGCAUCACGUCACAGUGUUCCAGUUCCACAGGCAGACAAGAGUCGAAAACUGCUACACUUGCUCAGUCAUCUCAAGGACAACUGACGCCGACAGUAUCAGUGGCAGAUAAAGAUGGUGUUGUCAACGCCUCCCAGUUGGUGACUCCUUACACAGACCCUGCCACGAGCCGUGUGUCUGUCAGGACUGUUGUAGGUCCAGCAGGCAACGUCUACUGGAAGGUUCCGGAACUCACCGGAUCCCUGCUGCCUCUCUACGGAAGCACCAUCAAGGCGGAGGUCAAAGUUGAGCCUGUGGUUGCAGCCGGGACGCCAGCUGCAACAAAAGCAGUUUUGAUUGGACGAGACAAGAAACGGCUUGUGCAUGACAUUAAUGCUCUUAUGAUGAAUGUUACAUCCAAUAUCGACAUAGGCCUGACAGAGGCGGAGUGGAAGUGGGAAAAUGGUUCCGACAUUACCGAGGACAAUUUUUUGUUGGCUCUCACAAAUGUUGAAGUCAUUCUCAUUCCUGCUGCUUUCACAAAUACAGAUCAUGUAACCUACCUGUCUCGCCUUGAGUACAGUGUGGAAGGAGUUGUGGGCCCUGUUGCCAGCAGUGUGGAGAAGUGUCAGUGUGGACCCGGCUACACGGGACUGUCAUGCGAGAGCUGUGCGCCAGGCUACAAGCGUGCCAACGUGACCGGCCAUGCGUAUCUGGGCGUGUGUGUGCCAUGUACCUGUAACAACCACGCUUCUACCUGUGAUCCCAACACCGGGGACUGUCUGAACUGUCUGCACCAGACUACAGGUGCAAACUGUGAGAUGUGCAUGCCUGGUUACUAUGGUAAUGCCACCGCAGGGAAUCCCAACGACUGCAGCCAGUGUCCAUGCUAUGACCCCCGUGUUGUGAACACAUCCUGCACCAAUAAUGGCUCCGUCAUCAAGUGUUUCUGUAACCAAGAAUACACAGGCGACCAUUGUGAUAUGUGUAAACCAUUCCAUUAUGGUGAACCAUCAACCCCUGGUACAGGAAGAUGCACAGCGUGUGACUGCAACAACAGAACUGACAUCUGUGAUCCAAUCAAAGGAAUCUGUCACGGCUGUGACUCGAAUACAACAGGAAACAACUGUGAACUCUGCAUAACUGGCUUCUACAGGAACCCGGUGACUAAUGCCUGUGACGUGUGUGCCUGCAACACAACGGGAUCGACUAGCUCUAUCUGUGACCGGUACAAUGGCAGCUGUCCAUGUCACCCUGGUGUUGGGGGCAGGACCUGCGAUGGAUGUCUCGACAACUACUGGGGCUUCAGUACUGCUCCACCAGGUUGUCAGGCUUGCGACUGUGUGGAGAAAGGAAGCGUGAACACCCAGUGUAUAGACCAGGGUCUGUGUGUAUGUAAAUCUAAUGUUCUUGCCGUCAGUCGUCGGUGUGACACAUGUGUUGAUGGCUACUUUGGUCUACCGGAUCAGGAAUGUACUGCAUGCAACUGUAAUCUAACUGGGACUGAGGGUGGGAAUAUCGCGUUAUGCAACAAUGCUACUGGCCAGUGUCCAUGCAAGCCAGGAGUGACCGGUCGGACAUGUGACAGCUGUAAAACUCUCUUUAUAGACUUCAGCGACACUGGAUGCAAAGAGUGUGACGUGUGUUCAACUUCUUUGGGUAAUGAUACAAGAAAAUUGGAAGAAAAAUGGCAGGAAACAUAUACAGUUUCACAACAUAUUGUGGGAAUACAGGCACAAGACAAAGAACUUCAGUCUCUUCAUGCAGAGCUGGAGAAGGCCAUGACUGACCUGGGUUUGACCGACACCAACAACAGUACAGUCAGUGAGAUGACCGCAAACAUGACUCUUCAGGAAAACAGCACCAGACGGCAGGUGGACCAGUUCAAGCAGAAGGUUGCCACCUUGAAUACAGCUGCAGCUCUCCAGAAAAACAUGUCUGUUGCUGAAGAUGCAAGACUAAAUGGCCUCCUUACUCAAAGCUUCAGCACCCUUGACCUUGCUCGAACCGAAACACAAAAAGGAACUGACUACGUGUACAAGUUCCAGCAGUACAACACCACAGCACAGACGUACCGAGGCCAGGGUACAGCCGGAGGAGCUCUUGGACUCAACUUCAGUCCCCAGUUGGACAAGGCCAACACAACCUACCUGCAGAUCACCAGUGACCCGAGCCUGCUGGACAUGAGGACCAAGGCAGAAGCACAGGCUGCUACUGUAGCUGAGCUGCUGGCUAAAGAAGGUGGUAUCAGAGAGAACUACAAGACCCAGUCCACCGAGCUCACAUCUAGCGAUGCACAACUCAAUGACCUACAGACCAAAGUGAACAUGAUUUCUGUACACCAGACGGAAGCUCAGGCCUCCAAACAACAAGCAGAGGCCAACAAUGCUGUCAUUUUAGCAGCCAGGGCCGAUGUGAACAACAUGACAACUGAAGCUACAGCAUCUCAGGCAACAGCUGCAACAGCCUUCGGUGAAUGUCAGACUAUCAUGUCAGGCAAUGCAGCCCCGUUGCUUCCAAAUGUCACUCUCCCUGCAGGUGUGGGCAAUUGGACGACAGGCUACAGCAAGCUCCAGGAAGUACAGACAGCCAUUGCAGCCAGGGUGUCCACCACGGAUGCCAAUGUGAGGGAAUCAGAACGGAAGUCCCAGGCUCUGCACACUGAUACCCAGAGGAUCAACGAUACAUUUCAGAUUGUCAAACCAAGAGGUGAAAGUGCCGUCAACGCCAUCACAAACUUUGAGAAAGUGAUCCUAACCCUGAACACCACCCUGACGACAGCCGCAGAGGCAAAUGCGACGAUCGCUCAAGCACAAGCCAACAUCAACAGUGUCACCAUAGCAACACUGGAGGCACAAGCUAACGCCUCAAAAGUGGAGAGUGACCAAAUACUGGCCAUGAUCAACACCAUAAACUAUCAACCUGAAGUCUUGAACAGCCGUCUGCAGAAUGUGAAUACGAGUGUUGCGGUAGCCAGAGCCCAGUGGGUACCUAUAGACGCAAGACUCACCCAGCUCCAGGUUCAGGCAGAUACACUCAAGGCACGGAGUGGAGCUGAAGUUGCUCAAGCCACCAGCAUUGCCACCCAGGCUCUAAUGAAGACUUCUACCACAAUGAGUUCACUAUCAGCGGCUAACGGUACUUUAGCCAAUGCAAGGACCAGUGUCAGUACAAUUAAAGACCUCAAUGACCGGGGCCUACUGCUCACGUCCACUGUUGCCAACAAGGUUGGUGACAUCGAAGCUCGCACAGACUCCAUGACAAGGACGAUGGAGGGUAUAACGCAGCACCAACAAACUGUAGCGAGCAAUCAAGGCAGCAUCAACAACAGAAUCGUCAGUAUUGAAGCUAAGCUGCUCCAGGCCAAGGCAUUGCUGGGAAAGUUCCGCUACCCCGUCAAGUUCAAUGGGACGUCAGGUGUGUCUGUCACAAACCCAUCCAAAGAUGUGGCGCUGCCUUACACAGACGUGGAGUUCACUUUCCAGAAGAUUGCAACUGUUAACAAUGCACUGCUUUUCUUCUCGGAAAACACAGCCACGGUUGAAGCGUUCUGUGUUGAGAUUGUCAAUAGUAAGGUUCGCAUGCAGUUCAACUAUACGUCUUCAAACUCGGUCAUCACUAGUCUGGCUUCUCUCUGUGAUGACUGUUGGUUCAGAGUGCAAGCCUCGAGGUUUAACACGGUGGUGUAUCUGACGGUGACAUUGGUGUCGACUGGCGGUUUAGCAACUGCUACUGUUUCUACAUCAACUGCUGAAGCAUUGACAUUCAACUCACCUCUCUAUUUUGGAAGCCUGCCUACUGGCACUCAGACAAGCAAGGUGAUAAACCGAUCUGGGUUUGAAGGCUGUAUGUAUGACGUCAAAUUCAACGGCGGGGAUGUGGAUAUAUGGACAGAGUCUAUCAAUGCAGGUAACACGCCUCAGUGCUGCCGAACACCGACCGCAACAUCACCCACGCUGGCUGCAGGUGUCAGUUUUGACGGUUUCGGACAGCUUGUGCUGAACGCAGGCCUACUGAACAUGACAGACGUACCUCUGACCAUCACCUUGAAGUUCAGAACAUACAACCCCAAUGCGUACCUGUUCCUAGUUGCCAGAGAUGGUGUUCCGGUCAUGUUUGGUAUUUACCUCAGCAAUGGCUACGUUGUGUUAGAGUUUGGUACAGUUGGUGCCCCACAGAACAGGAUUCAGACGUCCAACAGGUUCAACACGGGCGACUGGUUCCAGGUUGUCGCUCAACACAACAGCCAGAACUCUCUGGAGAUCUUCCAAGAUGGAGGGGGUUCUAUAGAAGCAGUCACCCCUGUGCCUGAUAAUCCUGUAGACUUGACAUCCCUACGAGGGCUGGACGUCAUAUUGGGCUCAGAGAGGAGACCCAACUCAGUUAGUCUGGUGUCAGUCCCUACGACUUUCUCUGGCUGCAUGAAGGACUUCACCCACACAAGUGGAGGUGGUGUUGUCUCACGGCUUUUCACCCAGGGAGUUGUCAGUCAGACAGGAGUCUCAUCCGCUGGCUGUCCAGCAACGACAAUUUCAGGCAUCAUGCUAACUUCAGAUUCUUCCUUCCUGGAACUGGCUUUACCACAAGCUAGCAUCACGCAGAUACAGAUGGAUGUUGUAACCACCCAGUCCAGUGGCAUCCUCAUGUACAUCAAGGACCCCACAUCAACAACAGUACUGUACCUGACACUGUUCCAUGGUCAUCUGAUACUGGACUACAUGACCUCAAGCAGAGUCCAGCUGGCUUCAAGUGACCCAUAUGUCAGUGAUGGACGGCUACACUCGAUCACAGUCAACCUGACCAGCCCGGCUAUAACAAUUGACAGUAAGAGAUAUGUUUCCGGGAUGGUAGGGUCAGCGUUCAACCUGAAUAGCAACACUCCAGUGUUCCUCGGGGGAACAAAUGACAGCGCCACCGUCGGCUCAGCCUACCCUGUCAAGUCCUCAUUUGUUGGCGGAAUACGAAACUUACAGAUGAACGGCAGCCCUGUUAAUAUCUAUCAGACUGGUGUUGUCAAAACAUGGAGAGGGGGCAACCUUGCUGGAAUCCCUACACCUCCGAAUGCUCCCCUCCCAUUCCCUAUACCACCACCCCACCCCCUACCACCCCACCCACCCCUGUCUGCGGCACCCUGGCGCCAUUCACAUCCAGCACUUCAGGACUGUGGUUCACUGGCAAUAGCUACUGGCGCAAGACUCUUGGACCUUCAGAAAAGGCCUAUUAUUCGAAUCCAUUGUCCUUAACUGUGGACUUCCAGUCCUACGGGUCUAACGGGCUGUUGUUCCUGGCGUCAGACUCCGCAACCAUGCCCACUCAGUGGC